GGUUAACUCACUUCAGUGGGGCUUUGGGAAGGUGAUCGGAUUAUGGGUCAGUAUAGCUGACUUGCCAUUAGAAGAUGGGGUCUGGUGGCAAGAGGUGUGUCCCUGAAGGUGUGAUCUGGAAGGGUUUAUCUCCCUCCCCAGCUCCUACCCUCACUCUCUGCUUCUUGUCUGCCAUGCAGUAAGCAGCUCUCCUUCACCAUGACGUCCUGCUUUGAAGCUACUCACUGUGGACUGAAACCUCUCUAUACCAAUUAUGAAAUUGCAGCUGCUCUGGAAAAUCAAAGCCACAAGAUUCGGUAUUCAGAUUCAGUGGAAAAAGGAUCAAUUUUAUUUUCUCUUUCUGGAAUUGCAUUUUUAUUGAUGGAUGCUAACGAAUGCAUUAUGUCAGCCGAAGAAAUAUUUCUAACUAAAAUUGAAAAUUUUCUUAACAUUCAUCGGAAUAGUUUUUUGGUUCUGUUCGCUGCUCUUCAUGGGCCUGAAGAAUGGAAACUGAUAUUCAGGAUUCAGCAGAGAUUCCUGGGAAAUAAAUUACGGAUACUUCCAGUACACAACACAGCAAAUGCUGUCAAUCUCAUGUGCACUAUAGCUAAGGUAAAACACCUGGGGAAAGAUACAUGGUACUGUUUUCAGGUGUUUGGCUUCAGACUGCAAACCACCUUGAGCAAGAAUGACAAAUAUCCUGCUUUGUUCAGCUCAGAGAAGUUGCUUUUUCACACAUACAACCCUUUCCCACUCCUGAACUCAACUUCUCAAUUUACUCCUGGUAGUCACUACCCACUUAUGAUUCAUUUUGGGCGGCAAGAGCAUUUGGCUGCUCUUUGUGCCGGGCCAAUAGGUUAUCUCUUCCUUCAAAUCCUGAAGUAUAAAAUAUUGUUCAGAUUGCAAUCAGAGCAAUCUGGGUGCAAACAUUUUUUAAUGAAAUGUUCUCCUUUAGUUCACUAUCUUCCUGAUUGUUUUCCUCUGUGAAAUGUGCCUAGAUAAACCCCCACCCCAACUCCGCUAGGCAGAAUUAGGUCUUCCUUAUUCUUACACUUGGAACACA